AUGAUCAAGAGAUCGGAGGGGGAGCGUCGCCGUACGGAUGCUAAUGAUGCUCAAGCCGUAUAUUCCAGUGUCGUUCUGCGUGUUCGGCCAGGGUCUGAUGAAGGGUUGAAUGCUGAAUUGUCGGAUCGUCCGGUGGAACCAACGGUCGGUGUGUCCAAGAAUAAAUGGGCUCACGGUGAUGCCGAUAUAUCGAGAAGAAACGGUCGUCGCAGGUCGUCUCAACUAGAGUUUGGUGGUCAAGGCAAGGCCCAAGGCGAGGGCAGGACCGGAAUCGUGGAUGGGUCAGGUCGUGAGGAGGGCGAGAGUUGCAAGUGGAAGAGGUCGUGA